AAGCUCUCAUGCUCUUGCUUUGUUCUUGCCAGACAUCAUCAGCAGCCCCAGAUCCCCCAUGUAAACUCUCACGGCCGACUGCACGACCGAUUGAUAGUGUCAGAGUCAUAUCUACUCCCAAAACGGCCGUGUCCGACCGGCCGACCGACGGAGCUGCAAACUUCCCCUCACAAACGGCAACCUCCCCUCGCAACCCGCGUCCACGACGAGAAAUCCUCGUCCUGCGCGUGCAGCUUGUGGCCCUGGGCCGUCCCAAUGGCCGCAUUCAAGAGCGACCCUUCCCGCCACGACGCGAAACCCGAACAACAAGCCACGACAAGCUCGGCCCGUCUGGCGCGUGUAGUGCAGGAAUUCGAGGAGCUGGUCGCGGGCAUCGAGGCAUCGUUGUUGCGGUCGCUGGAGGAGGAUGCCUCGCAAUCACGAGCACCAGACCGCGAAUCGGGAAGGAGGAGACAAGAGGUUCGGCGCCUCGCUUGCCGACUCGCCCUUUCCGAACUCAACACGGCGUACUCGCGCAAGCAGAUCCGGGACUCGCUCUGGGCAGCCGAAGCGCAGGGCAAGUGGGCCGAAGACCAGCUGCACCUCACCGGCGGUGCCGACGAGGACUCAGGCCUGGGGAAUGUGUGCAACGGCUAUUUCCGGCUGUACUCGACGGAGCUGUUCGACAUGCUAGGACAACCGGUAGACCUGCGCUUCGGCACGUUACGAUUCUAUACCUCCACUGCGCCCGAUUCACCCGGCCUGGAUCAAGAAUCGCGGUCGACCAGUGUAGAAUUAGCCCUAAAUUCUGCCUUCUACAUCGCGGACUCCUCCGAAACCUUGCCCUAUCACCACUUCAACAUCCCAGACUCGCCGUCACUGCAAAACAGAGGCAUCUUGAGUAGGAGAUGGGAAGAUGGCGGUACCUUUCCGGAGUUUGACUCGUGGCUUCUCUUCACCUUCCUCGGAAAUGGCUGCCUUAAAGUAGAGAUUCCGAUCGAGAUGUGUGCGGAUAUUUACGGAGGUGCGUUGAACGGAAGAGAGAAUGAAGAGGUCCUCUUCUGGGGCGUUCUCGUCGAAGACGAGGCUGGCGGGUAGGCGAUUGAAAGCUUCCUCAAGUCGCGGGUGCUGGUGAAGCUACAGGCGGAGUUGGGCGGAGUUUGGCGUUUGGAAGCGCCAUUGGGUUUGUAUUGAUGAACGGGUUUUCCCUUUCGCGGUGGACAAGCGUGCAAGGACAACGCACCUACGACGACUAACGAAUUUCCUUUUUUUCUCCUCCAUUCUAUGGCCGGGAGACGCAGCCGGGCGUCUCGCUUGUCCUGCCGACUGAUUCCUGUUCUUCGCCAAAAGAAUCAAGACAAACUGCCUUCUUUCAUUUAUUCUAGGAGGCUGCAUGUGCUUAGCGUUUAUUCUUCUUUUCGUCGUGCAUAUUGAAAGAUGGAACGCCAUUGGGAACGGAUGGUCCAGGAAGAAACGGCAACACAAUCCAAGACCAAGAACCUGGAGUUUGAGUUUGAAUUUGAGACCAUGGGAGGAUUUCGGUUUGCAUCGUCUGUGUAUCUUAUGGAACCUAUCG